AAGCAAGAGAAAAAAAAGAAGACAAAAACAAAAAUGGCAGACGAAGACGAAAUUGACAUUUUAGGAGAUUUUUCAUUUAAUUCUUGUUUUGCUCUAAAUAAUCAAGGAAUUCCGUCAUGUUCCAAUCGGGAGGACACAGUUCACCCUCAAUGGCUGAUGGACUCAACUGCAAAUAAUUGGUAUGAUAUUCAAGCCAAGAAUAUGAAACGAGAAAAAGAUGGUCAUACAAAAAAAAUAUCAAGUAAAAUGAAAGAUGAAAUAGAAGAAAAUGUAGGAACUGACAUCUACACUACUUGGAACCAAAAUGAGAGGGCUAUGCUCAUUGCAGAGAUGGCUAAAUAUGGGAGGAAUGUACGUAAAAUAUCAGAAACUAUAAAAACCAAAAGUGAGGCUGAAAUCCAGGCAUUGAUAGAAGCCGAGUAUGGGAUCAACUUAGAUACACCCACAUUUGGUCUAGACAAGCAUGAAGACCAUGACGAUGUUCCAGCUGUGGUACAGGAAGAAAUUGUCACGGACGACACAUCUGUCAUUGGUGCUUUUCACAUCACAUCCAGGAAGCCUUUUAGAAAAAAAACCUACACCAAAUCCAAAAAUAGCUUAAUUAAACCUGAUAUUUUAAAAGCAAACAUCAAACCUGAUCUCAUAGCUAUAAACCCAUCUGAAAUUGUAUAUGAAGAUGAUCUUAUUAUAGGGUCGACUGAAUCAAUUGGGUCCGACUUGGAUUCCACGGAUAUAGUGUCAAAAAAUAUACUGAAACAACAAAAGGCUAAGGGUAAGAAAAUUGGCAAUCACAGGAGGAAAGUGUCAAAGAACUAUGACAAAGCACCAAGAAAUAGGAGUAAAGACUUGUUGAAGUCGCCACAGGAACGGCAGAGGAAAGAUUCAAGCAUGUCAGAAGAUAGCACUAAGAGUCCAAAGAUGCAAAUAGUAUUAGGAUCUGGACAGGCAUUGCCUGUUUCUGAAGGAGAGCAAGUGAUAAAAAUAGAGAAAAAGAAAGAUUCAGAGCCAGAGAGCGACAUCGACAUCGAUGUUGACAGCGACAAGGAAACCACCAGCUGUGAAAAGAAGAAAGAAGUAGCACCAAAGCCAGUCUCUGAUGAUGUGCCAAUUGCUGUUCCCCUAAGGAAUUUUGAGCCCAUGCCAAGGAGGCAAAAGAAAAUAAAUCUGGACGGCGGAGGCGGCUACACGAUAAUGCACACGGCGGCAGGUGACUUGCUCUCACGCGCGGACGAACCGCGUAAGCCUCGGGCGCCGCGAAAACAGCCCGUGCACCUCAUACCCUGUCGGAUGUAUAAUGCAGAAAAUCCGGCGCCAUUCACAGUGCGCCUCCACGUAUCAGCACUAAUCAGUGCGGAUGCGCACGCGCACACUUCCCGCUCGGAAGUGAUGGGGCUGCUGGGCGGCGCGUGCGGGCCGGCGCGCCUGCUGGUCGCCGCCUACCGCCCCGCCGCCGCCGCGGCCGGUGGGACUCACUGCGACAUGGACCCGGUGUCUCAAGCCGCGGCAGCCGAGUCGCUAGUCUCCCUCGGCGCGCGGCCGCUAGGCUGGCACCACUCGCACCCUCGCUUCCCGGCGCAGCCGUCGGCGCAGGACCUGCGCUCGCAGCGCCACGUGCAGCGCGCGCUGCCGCCCGGCCUGGCGCUGCUCACCUCGCCGCACUGGCCGCCCGGACGACACGCCUCCACCUACCGAUGUUUCCGCGUAGAAGAUGCCGAAGACCCGGACGCGUUGCCCAUCGGCUACCAACUCAGCGUGUCGCUCGAGCCUGACCUGACAGAAGAAAACGUGGCCAUCUUCUGCGCGGAACUGGCCGCCAUGCUGUGUGACGCCGCGCCCGCGCCGGGACAUAUGGCCGCGAUAUGUCCGGACGCUAACAUGUCGCAUCUGGAUAAGUGCAUAUCGAGCGUAUCGCACCACCUGCGCGCGGCCGGCUACGACGCGCACGCGCCCGUCGCGCGCCGCGUGCUCCACGCGCUCCGACACGUGCUCGGAUAACGAUACUGACCGCCUGUCCAACUACCCGCGACUCACUUGUGCAGUUGUGCCUCGAUUCAACCCUAGAUGGCAGCACUGGCGAAAACAGGAGAACUAU